CAAGAAUUCAGCCCGAUGGGAGUCCGAGUUCACGUUGUGACGGCCUCUGCCCUGCUGCAUUUCAUCCUGCUUUCUGGGACGAGAUGCGAGGAAAACUGUGGUAAUCCUGAACAUUGCCUGACCACAGACUGGGUACAUCUCUGGUAUAUAUGGUUGCUGGUGGUAAUUGGCGCGCUGCUUCUCCUGUGUGGCCUGACGUCCCUGUGCUUCCGCUGCUGCUGUCUGAGCCGCCAGCAAAAUGGGGAAGAUGGGGGCCCAGCACCCUAUGAAGUGACCGUCAUUGCUUUCGAUCACGACAGCACUCUCCAGAGCACUAUCACAUCUCUGCAGUCGGUGUUUGGCCCUGCAGCUCGGAGGAUCCUGGCUGUGGCUCACUCCCACAGCUCCCUGGGCCAGCUGCCCUCCUCUUUGGACACCCUCCCAGGAUAUGAAGAAGCUCUUCACAUGAGUCGCUUCACAGUAGCCAGGUGCGGGCAGAAAGCACCUGAUCUACCCCCAGUGCCUGAAGAAAAGCAGCUGCCUCCAAUAGAGAAGGAGUCAACUUGAAUAGUUGACUCUUGGAACUGAUGAGGGCUGUCAUUUUAUAAAUAGGGGUGGAGUUAUGUCCAGAGUCUGUGGGAAAAUGGAACACAUACUUUUCUAAUCCUCAGAAGUUUUAGGAUGGCAUCUAACACCAUCAUUCUAUGGGAAAUAUGGUUCUUACUCUUCAUUCACAGGCCUUUAUAUCUUCUGAUACGGAAUGCUCUAAUUGGGAACUCGAAUUUUGUAUCCAAUGGCCAAAAUCUGCAAGUAAUGUCUAGCCACACUGAUUACUACUAAACCAGGAAAGCAUCAAGGUGUCUUGAAUUCCUUCAACUAUUGAGUGCAUAUAAAAUUCCUGUACCCACAUGAUACUACAAGUUGUAUCUCUCUCUGUCAGCUAAUCCAUUGUGGUAAACUGGAAAAGACAACAGUGUUAGCACAGCCAUCGACAUUAAUGCACUGAAUGCAUGCAUCUUUCCUCCUGAGACAGCAAUCGAUUUUACACCGAAUGACAACGAUCAUCUUAGACAGCACAACAUACCCACUCGGAUAUCUAAAAGCUAGGGAUGGGAUUGCUGAUAUGGGCUAAGAGAACACAGUAUAGUAUUUAAGUGCCAAAUAUCAGUCUUUCUAUCCCUCCAGUCCUACCCCUCAGCAGUAUGAAAAACUCCAUACUGUGCAGUAACAGUUGGAUUAAUUCUUCAGUUCCUCCGCACUGCAAACACAUAUGUGUGCACACAUGCAUGUAUACAUGCACCCUGUUUUAACUCUGAAGGAAUAGUGUUGCUUUACUUCUUUCCUGUUUUGCCUGGACCACUUAAAGCCACAACACUUCUAUAGUGACACAUGCUAGUCUCUAGUGGGGGCCCUCACUGCCACCUAGUGGAGCCAUUGUGGAAAAUACACUCUCUCCUUUGAGCCUAUCUGCACAUCUCUCAAGUUCUUGGAGCAAAAACUAAAUGCUGAACUAAGCUCAUGGACCAUGCCGCAGUAUAGUGCUAAUCUAUCCAUAUAACAUACCACCUCCCAAAGUAUUAUUAUUGGAAAAUCAAGAAAGUGAUGCACAUUUAGGGAAAAACUACUCACCUUAGAAAAGUCACUGAAAUCCUUUUUUUUUUUUUUUUUUUUGAGAUGGAGUUUUGCUGUUGUAGCCCAGGCUGGGAUGCAAUGGCAUGAUCUCAGCUCACUGCAACCUCUACCUCCCAGAUUCAAGCGAUUCAUCUGCCUCAGCUUCCCGAGUAGCUGGGAUUACAGUUGCCUGCCACCGUGCCCAGCUAAUUUUUGUAUUUUUAGUGGAGAGGGGGUUUCACCAUGUUGGCCAGGCUGGUCUAGAACUCCUGACGUCAGGUGAUCCGCCCACCUUGGCCUCCCAAAGUGCUGGAAUUACAGGCCUGACCCACCGCUCCAGGCCUGAAGUCUUUAAAGCCAUUUUCUCACCUAAAAAAUGGGGAAUAAUAACACCUCAGAAGCUUGUUGUGAAGAUCAAAGCAGCUACAUAUAUGUGGCAUGAUUUGUAAAGUGUUAUGCAUAUGUAUGUUAUUCUUCCUACUGUCAUCUAACCUUCCCUUGCCUGCUAUGACUUAUCUGAGAGCUAUGUUCCCAUUUAUCCUUUUGCCAGCUGUGUUACUGUUGUCACACCUGAAAUGGCUUUAUAUUUAUCAAUAAAUACUUGUUGAUUGAGGUAAA